AUGCGUGCCGGCCAAAGGACAGCAACAUCACAUGAUGCAACCACCUGAUCAUUCUUAUCAUCAUCCUCCUAAUCUUGCAUUUGCCAUAUGCCACAAAGCUGCAAGCAGUGCUCCGAUCGAGCCCCGAGCCGCCCCGGAACCCCUCAGCAUUCGCCGGAGUGGCAUAUGCAAUGGGGUGUAUUCUCACGAAGCAUUCGACGCAGUCGGGAAGACGCCGGGGCCUCGAGAAGCUGAAAUUGGAAAAUGGGUAUGCUAGGCGAGCCGUUGGCCGGAAACAGCAGGGGAAGAAUCCAUCCGGUAAUCUCGUUCCGCAGGGGCAGGGGGCGGGUAAUAAGAAAGGGGGAGUGGGACUUGGUGGUGGAGGAGGAGGAGAAGAAAGGAAGGUGAGAAUCAGAGAAGAGGAAAACAGAGAUCUUGGUGGGGAUGUUUUGGAAAAGAUUUUGCAGAAGAAGAAGAUUGCAGGAGAUGAGCUUGUGGAUGGUUGGCCAAGGUGGCUUGCCGAUAAUAUCCCAAGGGAAGUCCUGUUGGGUUUGGUUCCAAAGAGUGUUGAUUCUUAUGAGAAGCUCGAAAAGGUUGGGCAGGGGACCUAUAGCAAUGUUUAUAAAGCGCGAGACAGGGCGACAGGAGAGAUUGUUGCCUUGAAGAAAGUGCGGUUCGAUGCAUCGGAGGCGGAAAGCGUGAAAUUUAUGGCAAGAGAGAUAAUGAUACAGCGGAAGUUAGAUCACCCCAAUGUCAUGAAGCUUGAAGGCCUAGCCACAUCAAGGAUGCAGUAUAGCCUGUACCUGGUUUUUGAUUUCAUGCACUCUGACUUGGCCAAGAUUAUCUCUCAUCCAGACAGGCGCCUAAGUGAGCCACAGGUUAAGUGCUACAUGCAGCAGCUGCUUUCUGGUCUGCAGCACUGCCAUGAGAGGGGAAUUUUGCACCGAGACAUCAAAGGGUCCAACUUGUUGAUAGACAAAGGGGGGAUGUUGAAGAUUGCAGAUUUUGGUCUGGCAAAUUACUUCAAUCCCAAGCCGAGACGCCCUCUUACAAGCCGAGUUGUGACGCUGUGGUACAGACCCCCAGAGCUGUUGUUAGGUGCUACAGAUUAUGGAGUUGGAGUUGAUCUCUGGAGUGCAGGAUGCCUUUUGGCCGAGAUGUUCGUUGGAAAGCCAAUUAUGCCCGGUAGGACAGAGGUGGAGCAGCUCCAUAAGAUUUUCAAACUUUGUGGUUCACCAUCAGAGGACUAUUGGAAGAAAAUGAAGCUACCUGCAAGCUUCAGACCACCACAACAGUAUAAACCUAGUUUGCAAGAGACCUUUGGGGAAUUCCCACCCUCUUCAUUUGGUCUUUUGACCCAGCUUCUUGCUCUGGAUCCAACAUAUCGCGGCUGUGCUGCUUCUGCUCUUCAAAGUGAAUUCUUUAGUUCAAGUCCACUGGCGUGCGACCUAUCGGGUCUACCUGUGGUGUACAAAUGGGAGGAUAAGCCAACUCAAACCAAUGGGCGGAAGAAGCAUAGGUCUUCGAAGACAAGACAAAGGCCACAAACAAAUCGCAGAGGCUGUGGGAGAGAUGAGCUAAUAGUAAUGCAGGACAAAGAAGAUGCUGAAUCUUCAAAACAGGAGAUCAGGAAUGCAGAAGCAAAAAUGGAUAGCCAAGAGAUUGCUACAACAGCAAUGAGAAUUUCAUUUAGUUUACAUGCGAGCAGGCACGAAGAAAGCAUUGUGUUCUCCCCUAUCCCUGCUGUUAAAUCCCAUCAAAACAGAUCUCCAAGAACUGAGGGUCAUCCUAAUGCUUCUAAGAACAUCCAGAACCUGCCCCACUCAAGGGCCUCUACUACAGACAGCUCUGACCGCAGUGAAGGCAACAAGUCAACUCUCCACCGCAGGUCUAUCUCUACGAUGGAUUUCCGAAUACUUGAUGCAGAACAGGUUUCAAAACUCUUUUCAUCAGGCAAUGAUUAAGCCAUGGAAAAAAAAUUAUCAAACCUCACAUUUUUUGUUUAAACUUGUGUAUUAUAUCCUGCUCCCUUUGUCUCAUAUUUUGCUUUUUGGGGACAGACAUGUAACCAAUUGAACACAUUUUUGUGAUUCUUGCAAGUUUUAUUAUUGCUUAAAUU